AUGAGUGCAAUUGGUAAGAAAAAGAAGUCCUCAUCUCAUAAGCAUUCCCAUGUUAAGGAUGAAACAUUCGAGGAGUUACUGAAACCUGUGUAUAAAGGUAAAAAAUUGACAGAUGAAAUUAACACCGCUGAAGAUAAAUGGAAUCUACUACCUGCUUUCUUAAAAGUCAAGGGUUUAGUUAAACAACAUUUGGAUUCAUUUAAUUAUUUUGUUGAUGUGGAUUUGAAGAAAAUCAUAAAGGCCAAUCAAGUCAUUCUGAGUGAUGUUGAUCCUGAAUUUUAUUUGAAAUACGUGGAUAUUAGAGUCGGGAAGAGAUCUACAUCUUCUGCAAAAGAUUAUUUAACACCUCCACAUGAAUGUAGACUAAGAGAUAUGACAUAUUCCGCACCAAUAUAUGUUGAUAUUGAGUAUACAAGAGGUAGAAAUAUUAUUAUGCACAAAGAUGUAGAGUUGGGUAGAAUGCCAAUCAUGUUGAGAUCGAAUAAAUGUACUCUAUAUGGUAUUGAUGAAAAGGAGAUGGCAAAGUUAAAUGAAUGUCCCUUGGAUCCUGGUGGUUAUUUUAUUGUUAAUGGUACUGAAAAAGUUAUUCUUGUUCAAGAGCAGCUGUCCAAAAAUCGUAUCAUUGUUGAAGCUGAUGAGAAAAAAGGUAUUGUUCAAGCUUCUGUUACUUCCUCUACUCAUGAAAGAAGAUCAAAAACUUAUGUUAUUACUAAGAACGAUAAAAUUUACCUAAAACAUAAUUCCAUUACGGAAGAAAUUCCAAUCGUUAUUGUUUUAAAGGCAUGUGGGGUUGUUUCUGAUCUAGAGAUUAUGCAACUGGUUUGUGGUAAUGAUAGCAGUUACCAAGACAUUUUUGCUGUUAAUCUGGAAGAAGCUUCCAGAUUGAACAUAUACACUCAACAACAAGCUUUAGAAUUCAUUGGGACAAAGGUAAAAACCAUGAGAAGACAGAAAUUAUCAGUUCUUCAAGAAGGUAUUGAAGCAAUUGCCACCACUGUUGUUGCCCAUUUGACUGUAGAAGCUUUAGACUUUAGAGAAAAAGCACUUUAUAUGGCAAUGAUGACUCGUAGAGUAGUGAUGGCCAUCCAAAACCCUAAAAUGGUCGAUGAUAGAGAUUAUGUUGGUAAUAAACGUUUAGAAUUAGCUGGUCAAUUGAUUUCCUUACUGUUUGAAGAUUUGUUUAAAAAGUUUAACAGUGAUUUUAAAGCAACAAUUGAUAAAGUUUUGAAAAAACCCAACAGAGCUAUGGAAUAUGAUGCCUUAUUAUCAAUUAAUGUUCAUUCAAACAAUAUUACAAGCGGGUUAAAUAGGGCCAUCUCAACAGGUAAUUGGUCGCUGAAAAGAUUUAAGAUGGAAAGGGCUGGUGUUACUCAUGUCUUGUCGAGACUAUCCUAUAUUUCUGCAUUAGGUAUGAUGACAAGAAUUUCUUCUCAAUUUGAAAAAUCUAGAAAAGUUUCUGGCCCUAGAGCAUUGCAACCUUCACAAUUUGGUAUGUUAUGUACAGCAGAUACCCCAGAAGGUGAAGCUUGUGGUUUAGUGAAGAAUUUAGCGCUGAUGACCCAUAUUACUACAGAUGAUGAGGAAGAACCAAUUAAGAGACUAUGUUACAUAUUAGGUGUGGAAGAUGUAAGUUUGAUAGACAGUGCGUCGCUACACUUGAAUUUUGGUGUUUACUUGAAUGGUACCUUAAUUGGUACAACAAGAUUCCCUAUUAAAUUUGUCUCACAAUUUAGACAUUUAAGAAGAACAGGUAAGAUUUCCGAAUUUAUUUCAAUUUAUGCCAAUUCUCACCAAAAGGCUGUCCACAUCGCAACUGAUGGUGGAAGAAUUUGUAGACCUCUAAUUAUUGUCACAAAGGGCAAAUCUCAUGUCACGGCUGACCAUCUACGCAGAUUACUGAAUGGUGAACUCGUUUUUGAUGAUUUUUUAAAGUUGGGAUUGGUUGAGUACUUGGAUGUCAAUGAAGAAAAUGAUUCCUUCAUUGCCUUAUAUGAAAAGGACAUUGAAAGUGCCAGCACCCAUCUAGAAAUUGAACCUUUCACAAUAUUGGGUGCUGUGGCAGGUUUGAUCCCAUAUCCGCACCAUAACCAAUCACCACGUAAUACAUACCAAUGUGCAAUGGGUAAACAAGCUAUUGGUGCGAUUGCCUACAACCAAUUUAAGAGGAUCGACACUUUGUUAUACCUAAUGAUAUAUCCACAACAACCUAUGGUUAAGACUAAAACGAUUGAGUUGAUUGACUAUGAUAAACUACCAGCUGGACAAAAUGCAACUGUUGCUGUUAUGUCUUAUUCUGGUUACGAUAUCGAAGAUGCCUUAGUCUUAAAUAAAGCUUCAAUAGAUAGAGGUUUUGGACGUUGUGAAACCCGUAGGAAGACAACAACCGUGCUGAAGAGAUACCCAAAUCAUACACAGGACAUCAUCGGUGGUAUGCGUGUUGACGAAAAUGGUGAACCAAUAUGGCAACAUAAAGCACUUGGUGCAGAUGGUCUUGGUGAAGUCGGUAUGAAGGUUGAAAGUGGUCAAAUCUAUAUUAACAAAUCCGUCCCAACUAAUCAAUCUAAUGACAUGACUACACAAGCUCAACAAGCCCAGUAUCGAGAAACACCUGUUAUUUACAGAGCUCCAGAGCCAUCACACAUUGACCAGGUUAUGAUGUCAGUCUCCGAUAAUGAUCAAGCUUUGAUCAAAGUGCUACUAAGACAAAAUAGAAGACCAGAGCUAGGUGAUAAGUUUUCCUCAAGACAUGGUCAAAAAGGUGUUUGCGGUAUUAUUGUUAAACAAGAAGAUAUGCCAUUUAAUGACCAGGGUAUUGUUCCAGACAUUAUCAUGAACCCUCAUGGUUUCCCAUCUCGUAUGACUGUCGGUAAAAUGAUUGAGUUGAUUUCUGGUAAAGCUGGUGUUCUAAAUGGGUCUUUAGAAUACGGUACAUGUUUUGGUGGGUCUAAAUUAGAAGACAUGUCCAAGAUCUUAGUUGAUCAAGGAUUCAACUAUUCUGGUAAGGACAUGCUUUAUUCUGGUAUUACUGGGGAAUGUCUACAAGCAUAUAUUUUCUUUGGGCCAAUUUAUUAUCAAAAGUUGAAGCAUAUGGUUUUAGAUAAAAUGCAUGCAAGAGCAAGAGGUCCAAGGGCUGUAUUAACUCGUCAACCAACAGAAGGUAGAUCGAGAGAUGGUGGUUUAAGAUUGGGUGAGAUGGAAAGAGAUUGUGUUAUUGCAUAUGGUGCAUCUCAAUUAUUAUUAGAAAGAUUAAUGAUAAGUUCUGACGCAUUCGAAGUGGAUGUUUGUGACAAAUGUGGUUUGAUGGGUUACAGUGGGUGGUGUACUACGUGUAAGAGUGCUGAGAAUAUCAUCAAAAUGACCAUCCCUUAUGCUGCCAAGCUGUUAUUCCAAGAAUUGCUAUCCAUGAAUAUUGCUCCAAGAUUAAGGAUGGAGGAUAUUUUUGCAAAGCGAUAA